GUUGUCGCGUUUCUUUGCUUGCGUGCGGUUGAUCCGCGGAUAGUUUACCCUGCAAACUCGCAGAAAAUGCAAACUUAGGCGAGAUAUAGGAAAACUGACCACCGACAGGUGCCGAAAGUGCGAACCGAGCGAAGGAAAAGCCAUUGAACGACAAAAAAUUAACAAGCGAGGAAAACAGCGUAGAAUUUCCCGAAACAAUAACAACAACAACGGCUGCAACCACAAAAAAAAUUUAACUCAAUUAAAAGAAACGGAGGAAAAUGCAAUUGAAUUGCCGAGAAAAUGUGUGAAGUGUGCUGAUGUGUUUGCGUGGAAAUGGAGCGAAUUGUGAUUUUGUCUAGUGUUUUCCGCUGCCAGAAAAGUGUGCGCAGGAAAAUCGCUGACAAUUCGUGAGGGGAAAGAGAAAAUUCGGGGAAAAUUCAAUACAAAAACGCGGAAAACAAAAACAGAAACGAAAAUCGGAAGAGAGAGAGAAAAGAAAAUAAAUAUCUUUUAUACCUGUGUGGGUGUGUGUGCGUCAGUGUGUGCGUGUGCAAAAGAAGAAGAUCAAAGCGAAACGACAAAAACAACGGCAACAAAAACUACACACAGCUGACUUCCUCUUCUCUCACCUUCCUGCAUACACUGUCCGAAAAAGCAUAUUUAUUACUACUGAUAAUGCAAAAACACCAACGACUACUUCCAAACGCCGGCUUUUAAACUAGUCAUCAUAAAGAUACAACAGCUAAUUAAACAUAUCCCAAAACCGACAAAAAAUAAUUAAAAUUCCAGUCAACAAAGUAAUCUAGUAAAAUUAAAUUCUUAGUAAGAAAAAACAAAACACAUCGCAAUGGAUUGGAUCAUCAACGACGAGAUGGGCCUUACGGUGGGUCAUGUUGUGGGCUGGGCCGCCGCCUCAGCGAUGGUCAUUGGGGGCGUAAUCCCCUACGUUCCCCAAUACAUUGAGAUCAAGAAGACGCAGGACGCGGAGGGGUUCUCACUGUACGUCUGCCUCGCCCUGCUGGUCGCCAACUCGCUGAGAAUACUCUUCUGGUUCUCCAGCCGCUACGAGCUUCCACUGCUGGUGCAGAGCGUCGUGAUGAACGUGACCAUGUUCCUGAUGAUCCAUCUGUGCGUGAAGGUGAAGCGGGUGAACGCCAACAACCGCGAGCUCGCCCUGCGAGGCGAUGAACUGCAUUUGCCCAAAGUGAUGACGGACACGGACACGGGCGCCUCUGUUUCCACGGAAGCCGGCGGAAGCGUCCUCAAGCGAGUUCGCUCCCGGCAUUAUCUCACUGACCUGGACUUCAAGCACUUUUGGAGCUGGACAGACUUCCAAUCGUAUCUGGACUUCAUGCUCCUAGUUUGGUUCGUGGGCGCCGCCAUAACAUAUCUGAUGCUGUCCGUUCAUUGGUUCAUGGAAUCCAUGGGCUUCGUGGCCGUCUUCACAGAGGCCAUGUUAGGGGCGCCACAAUUUCUGCGCAACUUUAAGAAUAAAUCAACAUAUGGAAUGAGCAUACACAUGGUGAUCAUGUGGACGCUCGGUGAUAUGUUUAAGACUGGUUACUUUAUUGUUAGGAAAGCCCCAUCGCAAUUCUGGAUCUGUGGCACGCUGCAGGUCAGCUUGGACAUAGCGAUCCUGUCGCAGGUGUGGUUCUACCGUAAGAAUUCCAAGCCGCGCGAUUUGCGGCGCGGCGAUUAGCAGUUUGCCCCCGAAGAACAGCCACAGCACAACCACCAUCACCACCACGAUCUGCAUACAUCCCAUUCCCAGUCCGAGGAGCACCAGCUCUCGCUGCCCGUGACGGUGAGCAGCAGUGGCGACGACCACCUGCUGACCGCCCGUGCGGACGACGAGCACUUCAAGGUGCUGGACUUUGGUCAGUGCCACGAUAACCGUGCGUUUCAGUAUCACAAUAAUAACAAGAUGUUGCCCAGACCAGGAGGCAGUGGCAAGAGCAAGGACGACAGCAGCAUGGCCGCCGCCCUGGAGGUCGUCAUCGUCCAUUCGCCGGCUUCCAAGGAGCAGCGCCUCAUCGGCGGUCAGGAGUCAGCGAGCAGCGGCUGCUGUCGCCGUAAGCGAAACAAUGCCACCCAAACUAAAAUGGAGGGCGGCAGUUGCUGCUGCGUGAUCACCACGCACCACCACCACUGCCACUGUAACCACCACAGGCACCAUCACCACCAUUGCCACUACAGGAGCUCCAAGCGACGAGCUCUGCUCCACCAGAAGAGGAGCCACCGCCAUCACAAUCUGCAGGUCAAGCAGUCGAACCACAAACCAAUGCUUCCAUCAAACCAAAACAACAACAACAAGUCUUCCUUGGACUCCAGCGAAGAGGCGAUGCACCACCAGGCCAUCGCCAUCGAGAUCGAUGCGGCGACGAUGAGCGAGGAUGGCGAGGAGAACAACAGCAGCACGGCCACCUCGAACUUCCCGUACAAAGUGGCCAGCGAGGGCGUGAAGCCCAUCAUAAUGGCUCCUCUGCGGGAGCAGCAUCGCCAUAGGAGAGGCUCCCUGAACUCCAACACCACCAUCGAAACCGACGAGCUCUCCCACGACGACGACGACGACGACGACGAUGAUGUGCGAAUGGGUUCCCACCACUUGCCGGAGGAUGAGGCGCAGCUCACGCAGCCGGCGAUCACGAACAGUUCGAGUAGCUCCACGAAGAGGGGCAAUCCCGCCUCGGCGCCAGCGCGAAACGAGUGUGUGCGGAUCAAGCGGAAGCGGUUCAUAGCCGAGGCUGGGCAGGAUUACUGCAGCAGUUGCUCGAGCUCCUGUUCGUGCAGCAGUCUCGAUGAGGAUCUGGAGGCCCAUCGCGAAAUGACCGUUUCGGCGGAGUGUCAUCAGUGUGUUCCCGGUUCGCGGAGAGCCAGCUUCUGUUCCUGCCACAACUCCAGCUGCUGCUGCGGCUCCUGCUCUCGCGGGGAUGAGGAGGACGACGAGGAGGAGGAAGCGGACGACGAGGACGACGAGACCACGGGGCAAAGGGAGAGCUUUUGCACGGCUGCGGAUCACACGAUAACUCCGUCGCAGGAGGGCGACGAUAUGCACAGCAGCACAUUGACACCCUUGAGCACCCAGAGGUCCUCCUUCAUGGAUCAGGAUCACGGCGAUCACACCAUGCGAAGUGACAAUGGCGGAGGCAACCUAACCGAUGCAGAUGCCUCGUCGCUGAGCCAGUCGGCGGAGUACUUUUCGCUGUCGUCCACCGCCGGAGGAGCCGCCUCUUUUCCCAUCAAAGAGGAGGACAAAGCGGACAAGCCGGAGAAGAGGGAGGCGAGGGAUGCGAAGGAUAGAGAAGUGGAGCCACCGUCCUGCAAGCACUGGAGCCGCAACCCGCACGGGAAACACAAACGGGGCUCCUCGCCGGUGGACAACUCCUUAUGACGAAGUGUCUCGCUGGUCGCCUGGCCAGCCAUCGAUGUGAACGCCCUGCUGCAGCAGACCAUCCGCAAGUCCGCCGUGCUGCAGGAGACGCCGGUGCGCAGGAGAACCACUGCCAAAACGGGUGCGGGAACAGCGGGAAGUAACGAUUCAUCCACGGCCACCUUGACGGCCAGUGUGGUGACUGUGGCCAAGUAUCCCUCACCCGGAUUAGUCAGCACCGUCACCAGUUUGAACGGGUGUGGCACCACCUACAGCUACACCACCACCACGGCUGCUCCUCCAAAUUCGAAUCCCGCAGCAGCUGGCAAGCGAAACGCCAAGUACUCGCCCGUUCCGAAUUCCGAGGCCUACCAGUGCGAUCCACUGCAGCAGAGCUCCACGGAGAUCAUCUUAUAACUCAUGCAAACAUACCUCUGCAUCCUUGACUUUUAUACAGUGUGAAACCGUAUGGGAAUCAAGGGUAAACCUCAUUAGUAGGAAGGGAUUAUGAUUAUACACAAUCGCAGAAGACAUAACACCAAUCACUCGUGGAAAACCAAAAUUCAUUAAGCUGUUCAAUUUGUUGUUAUUCGGGGGUAACAAAAACCAAAACCAAGACGAGGACGUAGAAGAGGCAGACCUAGUUUAUACACUUAGAACAUAACACCAAUGUACAUUAUUUUUUAUGUGAGAUGCGAGAUCAAAGGAUUAGCUUAAAAUGUAACUAGUUUUAAAUCCUUAGUUUUUCGGACUACGAGAAUUUAAAGAAGGGUUUCAGCUGGGGAAGGGACCAAGCCAGAGUUGUCAAAGCCUUCGAAGUUUUCCAAAUCCACGCAAAGACAUAUCCACUUUGUGCAAAUUUCUAGCUUAGUUAACUUUCCUCAGCUUGGGCCUCUCACCUUGUUUAGAUUUAACUUGAUAAAUCGUCAUUGUUUUUCGUACAUUAGUCAAAUUCAUUUCGUAGUCCUGUAAGUUCUGUAACAAAAUCAAACUUUAAUCUCGAUAUUAUUCGUAAAAUGAAUUUUUAAUUUUAUCAUUUCCUAGCAGAAUUUAUUAGCUAAGAUCUAUUAAAAUUGAUACAAAAUAAACGAAACCCAAGCAGAACUUA